AUGCUCACUGAACUGGCACUCACUCCUCAUGGUCUCCAUUAUUUAGAAGACAGAAAUGUCCUCAAGGAUCUUGAGAAAAUACUAAACACAUCAGAUGGAGAUCCACUCAGGAGCUUUCUUGUCCCAGGUGCAGUCAAGUUCUUCGGGAAUGUGGCUCGUCUCAAGCCUGAAGAAAUCUUGGACCGGUAUCCACAAUUUAUUGCCAAUAUAAAUUCCUUUGUGAGGAGUGAUGACCUUGGUCUUAAGCAUGUGGCUGUGGAUACCUUUGGAUUUGUGGGAUCCACACCCAAGGGAAAACUGGCUUUACAAAGAAUAGACAUGAAACAACUACUGCAGGACCUGAGUCAUUUGGCUGAAGAUGCAAGUACAGAGACAAGGACCAGAGCUAUGAACACCAUUGCUUCUCUCCUUUCUCUUAAUGUUGAAAAUUCAAAUAAUGAGUUAGAGAACCUCACUGAAUCAUGGUUUAGGCAUCUCUCCAAGGAUCCAAUGCAAUUCUGUCUGUCCCUCUGCAAGCAACCAUUCACUGACAUUCGUACUGCUGCUCUCAAGAUUCUGCAGGUCAUUGCUUCACAGCAUUGGGGUCAAGUAUACAUUAAAAAUACACCAGGAUGCUUGGAGUAUAUACUAGACCGCCGCACAGAACAUGAGAAAGCAGGAAAGGAAGGAAAAUAUGAAGUUGUGUCAUCAAUUGUCUCCAGCCCUACUGCCCUUACUGUUGGAGAUCCACUCGCGAUGAAGCGGAUGGAUACUUUUCGUUAUCCGCUGAAUCUGGACGAAGAUUCCUCUGACGAUGAAGAUGCAACAGGCGUAACGUCAGGCACGACCGAAGAGGACACUUUGUCGAUACAGGAGAAUCCACCGCGUGAAACCCUCGAGAACGAUAGUCGCCAGACCAAUCCCGAAAUCGAACACAUUCCCAAUGAGGAACUGUUUGUGGUGGAUUCAAGAGCUCCAACUGUGCUUUGUGCUACUUCAUCCCACAGUGACAGUGAUACUGAUGAAGAGCAGGGUGAUGAAUCUUUAGAUCCCAUUCAGCAACAAAAAAAGGAGGAGAAGAGAACAGUCAAGUUGUCCAGCUCAUUGCAAGUUUCCAGGAAGCUGAAGAAGCAUUUGUACAUCAACCCAACACCAACAGAAGGAUGGAAGAGCACAAGUCAGCUGAAAUCCCUUGCCAAAAAGUUAUGUAAACCAGAUGAGUUAAUGAAAAACUCUGUCAUUCAACCUGGAUUUGAACAGAAGGAGGCAGUACCUUCCUAUUCAGAAUCCAGGAGAAAGCUGGCAAUGCUCCGAAAGAUAGAACGAGCAAAGACAAAAGGAGAGAAGUGGUUCCAUUUACCUGCCACAGAACUAACAAAUGAAAUUAAGAGAGAUCUUGAAGUCAUUCAGAUGCAGAAUGUCCUGGAUCCCAAGCGUUUCUACAAGAAGAAUGAUCUCAAGGCUCUUCCCAAAUACUUUCAGAUUGGGAAAGUAGUUGAAGGGCCUGCUGAUUUCUAUCAUGCUCGAAUCCCUAAGAAGGAGAGGAAGAGAACAAUAGUGGAAGAGCUCCUAGCUGACUCUGAAUUCCAAAGAUAUCGAAAGAGGAAAAUGGCUGAGAUUGAAUCGAAGAAACGCCGACGCCCCACAGGAGCUCAUCGGCAUGCAAAGAGACUGAAGCAAAAGAAAAAGAGGUGAAAUGAUUUAAAUUCUUGGUUCUUUUUUUAUUGAAAAAUUAAACCACAUUUCAUGGC